UGUACCUGACAGAAAGUGGUUGGACAAUGGCGCGUAAAGUGCGGCUUUGUGCCGCAGUUUUGCUUUCCUUGGCAGCCCCAAGUGUGCUGGACUUUGCUGGCCAAGCUUCCUUGCAGCGGAGAUCAUUUUCUCAACGCACUGCUAUCGUGGAGCAGACAGUUGCAAAAGAUAUCAACUUUGACGUGAUACCCAAAUCACACAUCCACGGUGCUUUGCAACGCGUUUUGGGCCGUGAUGUCUACAAGAGUGAGACCCCUUUCUUUUAUCGGACUUCAGAGAGACAAGACUUCUACCAUGGACUCGUGCGAUUUCCUGCGCUCCCCAAGAAGAAUCCAGAUGGGUCCAAUUACAUCCCCGCCAGGCUGUUCCAUUAUGUUUCAGGGAAAGGAGCAACCUAUGAGGAUGCCGAAAAUGAUGCCUAUCGGAAAGCCCUGCUCAUCAUCCGCAAGGCAGACUCUGAGAUUGCUCGUUGGCCCUCCUGGCGUGCAACGACCUCCCAGCAGGCUUUAGAUGCAGCUGCCGCAGAGAUUGCCGACAUGCGGGACACGGAUGGGAAUGCAAGGUCGAAGUUGAGCCGUGCAUUGGCCGUCGUCCUUGGUCGAGUCAUCAAACAAAAGGAUUUCGCAUACUUCAUGCUAGAGGAUCCCAACACCUAUCACGUGGCUCUAAGACUGCCAUGGCCAGGAGCUCACCAGGGCGAAAGGACCUACUACUUUGAGGGCACAGGUCUCACGUCUUCUUUAGCCAAGGAGAGUGCCGCAGAGGCCGCUCUGAGAAUUGUUGGGCCAAUGGCAGGGAAAAUCGAGCUCAGUGCAGAUGAGCUGCCUUGGCGGCGGCGAAAAACUGGCGCAAAUGCUUCAACACCGCUGGCUGCCAUACAAGUCGCAAGGAACAAGGAGAUUCCUGGGAAGGUUAGGCUUUUUCAGCUGCUGGAGCACGUGCUAAGGAAGAGCAACCGAACUCUUAGCCGAGCGGAUUUGGUCUACACCUGCCGCACUGUGACUCCGCCACCAGGUGUGCGCAACUUUGCCAAGGUCAAGGUCUCCGUGAGCGUCCCAGCUUUGGAGUCGGAGGGAGCACCUUUGAGCUUCUCGAGACAUGUAAGAACUUGGAGAAGAUGUCCGAAGGUUCCCAGCGUGGAAGACCUCAGCGAUCCCCGAAGGAAGAAACAGUUCUAUGAGAGAAGGGCGGAUUCCCGGCGGUGUUUCUUAGAAGCGCAGCAGACAGUUGCUGCUCAUGCAGUUGAAGAGCUGCUUGAGAUCAUUCCACCAAAGUUGCUUGAUCCUGAACUGGAGGCACUUGAAACUCAAGUGGAGGAGGUUUAGCUGAGAUCUCCCUUUUGAGCUUCAGACAUGCCCAUUCUGGCGACUGGAUCUUGCAUGGACCAGAG